CCUAACUUUUCUUCUUCUUCUUCUUCUUCCCUCCUUAGCCCCCUCUACGGACCGAAACCCUAACCCCAAAUCCGCCUCCGCCCCCUCCCAUGGCGACAGCGGACGCCGAUACGGCCGAGGUCGAGCGGCUCUACGAGCUCGGCGACCGCCUCUCUUCAGCCAAGGACAAGUCUCAGCACGCAGCGGACUACGAGGCGAUCAUAGCGUCGGUGAAGGGGCAGAACGUUAAGGCGAAGCAGCUAGCUGCCCAGCUCAUACCUCGUUACUUCGGGAGCUUCCCGGCCCUCGGCACCUUCGCCAUGGAGGCAAUGUUCGAUCUCGUCGAGAUGGAAGAGCUCGCGAUCAGAAUACAAGCUAUUCGUGGGUUUCCGCUUCUCGGCAAAGAUGCAGAGUUUGUUUCAAAAAUUGCAGAUAUUCUUGGUCAGCUCCUUGCAUGUGAGGAAAAUGUGGAGCGUGAUGCUGUUCAUAAAGCACUCAUGUCCCUUAUACGUCAAGAUGUUAAAAAUUCCUUGCAGCCUUUGUUUAAGCAUGUGGAGUCAGGAUCAGAGAUCCGUGAAAAGAUAAUUUGUUUCCUCCGAGACAAGGUUUUUCCUGUCAAAACAGAGCUACUAAAACCUCAAGCAGAAAUGGAAAGAUAUAUAACAGAUUUAAUAAAGAAAAGUGUACAAGAUGUUACUGGUGUGGAAUUUAAACUUUUCAUGGAUUUCCUGCGGAGUUUGAGCAUAUUUGGAGAUUCGGCUCCUCGAGAAUCAUUUCAAGAACUAAUUGAAAUCAUUCAAGCACAAGCUGAUCUUGAUGCACAAUUCGAUGUUUCUGAUAUCGAUCAUAUAGAGAGGUGGACCUCAUGCAUGUAUAUGGCUCUUCCUAUCUUCACGAGAGGUGCAUCAAGCAGCAAGUUUCUUAACUACUUUGCUAAGCAAAUCGUUCCAGUUUUCGAUAAGAUCCCGGAGGAGAGGAAACUGGAUUUACUCAAGACAAUUUCUGCUAGCUCGCCAUUUGCCGUGGCACAAGACUCACGCCAGCUGCUUCCAUCCGUUGUUCAGUUGCUCAAGAAGUAUAUGCCUGGGAAGAAGGUAGAUGAUAUUAAUCACAAUUAUGUUGAGUGCUUGCUAUACACUUUUCACCAUUUGGCCCAUAAGACUCCAAACAGUACAAACAGUCUCUGUGGUUACAAGAUUGUUACUGGACAGCCAUCAGAUAGACUUGGAGAGGAUUUCUCAGAACAUUACAAAGAUUUUACCGAGAGGUUAACUGGGACAGAAGAGACGGUUCGAGCAGCCUCAAAGAGACUAACCCAGGGAAUGGCAGAUUUCAACAAGGCAAUAUCAUCAGCAAAGACGGCAGAAGAGAAAUCUAAAAUUAAAACGGACCAGCAGAAAUCGACAAUGACAAUGCGGUCCUAUAAUAACAUAUUGGCAAUGUCACAGCCGUUGCAUCCGAAAUCUCCUUUAUUCAUCGGUGAUAAGAAAAUUACUCUCUCGUGGAUGGAACUGCCAAAGAAACCAGCAGCUACAACAGCAGGAGUGAAGAGGACCCAACCUGCUUAUAAUGGGAUUGCCCCUGUAAGCAAGAAGGGGCGAGGAGGGGGAGGGAUGCCUAAUCAGCUUGUGAACAGGGCUUUUGAAGCAUUAUCCCGUGGUGGUGGUGGUGGUAGAAGCAGUGGAAGAGGCCGGGGCAGAGGAGGGCGAGGAGGGCGAGGAAGAGGGUGGGGCUACCGCUGAGAUCACUCGUAUAAGUUCCAAGGGACAAGAGAUCAGCUUUCUGCCUCCAUUCGAGAGUAAUGCAGGAGACGUGUUCAUUUGGGUUUUUCUCGCUUCACUGGUGCUAGCUUUUCUGUAUCCAGCAAGGUGCGUGACUGACGAAUGCACCAGGAGUGCUCAAAAGCUCAUUCAGAGAGGAUGCUUUACUGCCUGCACAUCCUAGCUGUUGGUCUAUUUAGCUCAGUCCGUUUGGUCGCUGGCGGAUUAUUCGUUGUUUGGUGGUCUGAACAGAAUAUUUAGUUCUAGAUUCUGUUGGUAUUUAUUUGAUAAUUUAUUUGGGAUUGUAGAGGUGCAUCGCCUUUUCUUUUA